GUCUAACCAACCAGCCUCUCUCUCUCUCUGUGCUUCUUUAGCUUCUCCUUCUCUUUCUCUUUUAGGUUCUGUUUCUUUCUCUGUUUACAGACAGCAGACCCCUUCUGCGUCUGUAUUUGUCUCCCUUUAUCUCUCUGUGCUCCCAGUUUUCUCGUAUUUAUGGAUUUACCCACUGUAACUUCUUCUUCUCUCCACCUGUUCUAAACCCGCAAACAACUCUUCCACUUGGAUCCGAUUCUCCUCUUCUUGUGCUUCCCCUAAUUUAGUUCUUCCUGUGAUACAAGUGACUUCCUUUUUCUAUAUAUGCAUGUUAAUGGCUUCCAUCUCCUCUAGCCCACGCACAGUCGAAGAGAUCUUCAAGGACUUCUCCGCCCGCCGCGCCGGCCUAGUCCGCGCUCUCACUUUCGAUGUGGAUGAUUUCUACUCGCAAUGUGAUCCAGAAAAGGAGAAUUUGUGUUUGUAUGGACACCCAAAUGAGUCAUGGGAGGUGACUCUUCCAGCAGAGGAGGUUCCACCGGAACUACCCGAGCCAGCUCUGGGCAUCAAUUUUGCAAGAGAUGGGAUGCAACGCAAAGAUUGGCUCUCUCUUGUCGCAGUUCACAGCGACUGUUGGCUUCUCUCAGUGUCAUUCUACUUUGGUGCCCGGCUUAAUCGCAACGAGAGGAAGCGGCUUUUCAGUAUGAUAAAUGACCUGCCAAGCCUAUUUGAAGUUGUAACUGGAAGGAAGCCAGUGAAAGACAAACCGAGUGUGGACAGUGGGAGUAAAGUUAGGAACAACGGGAAGAGAUCACUGGAUGGACAGGCGAAAAACAACUCAAAGCUAAUGGACGAUAACGAUGGAGAUGAAGAAGAUGAGCACGGGGAGACGAUCUGCGGAAGCUGCGGAGGAACAUACAACUCGGACGAGUUUUGGAUCGGGUGUGAUAUCUGCGAAAGGUGGUACCAUGGGAAAUGCGUGAAGAUCACACCAGCCAAGGCAGAGAGUAUCAAGCAUUACAAGUGCCCAUCUUGCUGCACGAAGAAGGGAAGGCAACAGUAGUAGUGAAGCCCACGUAAUAAUUAUAUGUUAAGUAGGGAAAACACCAACAACACUCUCUUUUGGAGCCAAGUGAAGGAAGGAACGAAACCGAACGAGGCUUUUUUUGCUUUUGCCAGGAGUUGUGGUACACACACUUGGGGUAAAAAAAAUGUCCUUCCUUUCUUCUGUUUCUUCUCUAUGGGUAGGGUAUCUUUUGAUCUUGGCCCCUCUACGGCAUAUCAGGUGUGUUAAUUUAGUUUGUUCUGUUUGAACUCUGAUUUUGAAGUCGCCUCGCCUCCUUGAGUGUAAUGCAAGGGUAGCUCCCCAUUUUCCUUGCAUCGUGGCUUAUAUUUCAUAUUGUAUGUGGCCUUGGGUUGUUUUUUUUUUCUUUUUUUUCUUUUUUGAGUAAAAGGCCUUGGGUUGUUAACUUGUUGGAAAUGUCAAUUUCGAUCUGCCUGUGUGGCCGAAUCUGUCCUGAUUUGUUCGUUGUUCGAGUACUUCUCAGUUCAUUGCUUCGAUCGUGAAAACCUCAGAGCGUUAAUUGAGAGGCAGUUUUCAACGAUAUUAAACAGUUG